GUCAAAAUAAAAUAUCAAAUCAAAAUCAAACAAACAUGGAUUCUGCAUCUGAAGAUUCUGAUUAUUCUAGUUCUUUUACAAAAAGCAAGUUAGAUAAAUCCUAUGCAAAUAGUCCUAAGGCAGACUCUGGCCAUGGCACCAACAUUGUGCAUAAACUUUUCAAUCGAGAAAUAUAUGGCAGAACAGCAAGGAAGAAACAUGAAAAGAGUCCUAAAAUGUUUGAACGAAUACCUGCUCGUCUGCGGUUUUGUCUGAUGGACAUAGUGCCGAUAAACUACCUAAGAGAACACAUCUUCAUGGGUUUCUCUCAGUGUGGACAGUUUCUGCUCAGUUUUACCUACAGCUACACCACUCACAAUAACUUCAGGGAAAGCUCUAAAUUCACGCUGCAUUUCCUGUCAUGGGUGCCAGGGCGCAUGGUGCAGCCGGUGCACAGCGUGCCUCUGUUCGGAGACGACUGUGUGGACAGCAAGGUCACCAUCUCCAUGGCUCAGUGGAAACACAACACGGGAGUAUUAGUUGUCUAUGGCAUAGCAGACUCAUGCUCAGAAAGGUCAUACCUCAGUGUCAUAGGAGUACCUCGCUUAGGUUGUAAGAAAUGUGCUGCUCUUACUAAAGAUGAAGAUGAUCUUAAUUGGGGGAAGAGGUGUUUGGAGCACAACUUUGCCAUGCACACAAAGUUCUUUUGUACCUCUGACUCAAGCAUGUAUGAGCCAGUAGUUCAGUUGGCUUACUCAAAUCAAAUUAUUAUUUAUACCGACUUUAUUCACAUAUUAGAAAUCGAUUUAGUUAAACCUGACCAAGAUAGACAUGAAAUGCAAUAUGAAAACAAAUUGACGGUAGAAAAAGAGGAAAGUGUCCACUCAUUAGAUACAAAUCCAGGCACACCGGCUUCAGACGUUUCCGCAGCCUUCCAAUCGCCCAAGUAUGAGAGUAAUGUGGUGCAGAACAUCCUGGCAGACUUCUCAGACUUUGAGGAGCCAUAUCAGCUGUCUAAACCAGUGCAGAUCCCGGAGAUGAUGGGCCAGGAGCUGGUGAUCCAGGCGUCUUCCAUCUCGCACAAUCUGAUGGAGGAGUGGGAGGGCCCGUCGCCCUCCAUCCGCACGCUGAUCAGCCCGCCGCUGCGCUCCCCGCGCCGCCGCCCCGCCGAGAGCAUGUCGCGCUUCAACGAGACGCACAGAACCAUCGCGGAAAAAGCUUAUGAGUUCGUCGAGGAGGCGGAAACGAAAUGCGAAAAACUGAGCAUGUUCCGCAAACGGAGAUUAGCCGACAAAAAGUACGAGUUCUCGGAAGAUAACAACGAGAAUAUAGUGCCGUUCAGAGUGUUGAGGAGUAACAGGAAGUAUUUUAUUGGGAAUAGCGGGAAGGGGCCACAGAAGCGAGCCAAGUCUCCGCCGGUGGAGGUGCUGCGCGCGCACAACCAGAUCAGCCCGCGGCCGCACUCGCCCGCGCCCUGCCCGGACCCGCCCGGCGACAAGGGACUGUCCGCCCUAGAGUCAGACCAGAACAGCGAAUCCGAGUACCGAGUCAUGGAAAUGCUGGACGACGGCUCUCUUAAGACGAUAGCGGUUCACGACAACACGUCCAAGACGCUGUCCGACUGUCCCGUCAGCCCGCAAGACCCUUACCUGGUGCACUCGGGGAACUCCAAGUGCAGUAAAUUCUUCACAAGAUAUUUUGUUGAAAGCGAUGAUGAGAUCACCUCAAUACUCACUGACUCUGAAGACGACUGUAUAUCAGGCUACCACGUGGCCCUUCACCUGACCGCCCACGGCGCGGGCUACUCGCCUCUACAAGCCGUGGGCUCGGCCGCGUGGGACCGCAUCCGACUCAACUCCGACAAUCCGCCGCUCACAAUACGCGCGCAACAACGCUCACUGGACACGGAGUUGCUGUGCAAUGAGGUGUGCGGCCGACUCUGCAAGAUCAAUGGCAAGAAGUUCAUCUACUGUUUCGACUGGGGAUGCCAUGUCAUCGAUGUUUGCCAGUCCAGCGGGUGUUUGUCUGGUCUAUGCGCCAUGUGGCUGUGGGCGUCGGACGCGGAGGGCUCGCCGGCGGAGUGCGAGGCGUGCUCGGAGGUGAGCGCCGGCUGCCUGCUGCACCGCCGCCAGUACGCCGCCGAGUGCCUUUUCACGUGGGACCUAGUCAGUGGCGUCUACAAAACUGAACGAGUUGAUAUGACAGAAGACCCUUGCCAAGAAGGUUCUAGAGUUUCAGGUGCAGACCGCGCGCGAGAGCUAGCCAAGACGCUUGGACCAAUCAACAUGCCCCCUGGAAAUGAAAAUAGAUUGCUCACCACUCUUACAGGGCGAUCUCUGAGAAGACUGACCGAUGUAGACAACUGCAUUGAAAUCACAAAGAACCAUCCAGAUAGUUCCGAGUCGGAGUCUUCGCCGGACGACGACAGCGACUCCGACUGACUGAUUUUAACAUAGAACCGCUACGUAUUACUGAAUCCUCAGACAAAUGUCGCAUUCUUUCUAUGGUGCUUAUUUUUAAGUAUUAAAUUCGUAUUUUAGUUUGUUCUUGACAUCAUAGGUUUUUCUAUGAAAUGAAUUUCUCUCCGUAACUUUCUUUUUUAUACAUAGAUCGCCCUUUCGAGCUAUCUUUGUAAGAUAUCGAAAUGCAUUUAUUAUUUUACAUUUUGACAAGAAUUUUCAGAUAUUUAUUUUAGGUAAAUCAGUUCCGAAUAUGCUUGACGAGUAAUAAUAUUGAAUGAUCUUAGGCUCAUUUGAUGGUUGUGACUGUUUGAAUCUAAGGUUGGUUUAAAGGAAGUGCCUCGGAAGUGAGAAUAUAUGGAUGGGAUGGCUUAUGGUCAUUGGAAUCAAAGUAAUACUUAAUUUUAUUAUAAAAUAAAAUACCAACUAAGUUGUGCCAUUGUGAGAAGGAUCAUUUUACAAUGUGAUCUUUAGUGUAUGAAAUAUACUGAAGGCAUUUCGUUAGUCUUUAAUUAUUGUAAAACGAAACGUAAAUGUUGUGAUCUUCUAACCUUCUUAAUGAUACUGAGCAAAUACUUUGUACUAUGAUAUUGAUGAGAGUGUAUGUUUUAAUUUCGGCAACCAUUAGUACCUAUAGUUUGACCAAAAAAGGGAGACUCAUGCACAUGUAUGUCAGUCAUAAUCUAAAAAUACAGAUGAAGGAAAGAAAGGAAUAAUUCUUUCAUAUUGCCAGUCUCUAUCCACAGCACAGUACUGCUGGGGUCAAGCUAUAGAUAGAUAUAUAAUACUAUGAGGAAAUACUCUUGAUGAUUCAGACGAAGGCACUGUUAGACUGUACUAGAAUGUUUUCAGUCUUGAUGUUACUUGCCAUUAAAGCUGUAAUUAAAGGUAGAUAUUAAAUAAAUAUUGAAAAGUAA